AUGGAAGCCAAAGUGAGUUUCCACGUACGGCGCUAUCUGCGCGAGUGUGAGGAGCGCGGAGCGCAUCCAGGAGAGACCGCCGUCACUUCACAUUUACGUGAGACAUAUGCCGAGUAUCAGCGCAAGCCUCAGGGUGCACUACGUAAAGUAGUGGCCAAAGUACUGAAGAAAAUACAACCAAAUCUACUGGAGAUCAAAAACCAGGACAAAUCGAGCUCCGAAGGCCCCAAACGCGCACGUUCCGCUAGCGACAGCAACAAUGAGCAGCAAAUCAGGUUGCAGGAACAGCUGCAGGCCGCAUCAGGUGCUGGGAAUACGCUGAAUCGAGCCAUUCAGCAGAAUUAUGUUAAUGUAGACAAACCAGUAGUUAAAAAGGUUAAAAUUGUACGAAAAAGGAUUCAACAGGAGUUUCAGGAAUACGAGAAUCCAGCAGAAGAGAGUCGAGGCUUUGUAGUGGAACGCCCCACCGCUAGAUAUAGCGACGUGGGAGGAAUUCAGGCCGUUUUGCAGGAAGUUCGAGAACUUAUCGAAUACCCGCUGACCCAUCCAGAAAUAUACGCUCAUUUGGGUGUGGAACCACCGAGAGGAGUGCUGCUUCAUGGGCCGCCAGGUACGGGCAAGUCCAUGCUGGCUCACGCUAUUGCAGGAGAGUGUGGAGCCACGUUCCUGAAGAUCUCGGCACCGGAGGUAGUGUCAGGUAUGUCGGGCGAGUCGGAACAGAAACUGAGGGAACUAUUUGAUGAAGCUAUUGCACGCGCUCCGUCGAUCAUUUUUAUUGACGAGAUAGACGCGAUUACCCCCAAGCGCGAAACAUCUGCGCGUGGGAUGGAGAAGAGAAUUGUGGCGCAGUUGCUAACUAGUACAGACUCGUUGAGUUUAGAAAACACCGGAGGAAAACCGGUUGUGCUGAUUGGAGCGACAAACCGACCAGACGCACUGGAUUCGGCGUUGCGUCGAGCUGGACGGUUCGACCGUGAGAUUUGUUUGGGAAUUCCGGACGAAGAGGCACGAGAGAAAAUUUUGCGGGUGCUGGCAAGGAAGAUGACACUUGAAGGAGACUUUGACUUUGCUGCGCUUGCGCGCCGCACACCUGGAUAUGUUGGCGCUGAUCUAGUGUCACUGACGAAGGAGGCUGCGGUUGGAGCCGUGAAUCGCAUUUUCACAAAUAUUACCGAGGUAAAUAAGGUGGCAGCGGAAAUUGAUGCGACUAGCGUGUCUGCUGAGACGGAAACGUCGGACACUAGUACUUGUGAUGAUUUAAUGGAGAUAGAUAGUACUCAGGAUAAUUUGGUGGAAAAAGAAAACAAUGCUGAGAAGACUCGGUCAGCGGCUGAUGACUUGCGCGCUCAGGUAGAACCAUUCACGGAAGCGCAGCUGGCACCGCUUCGCAUCACGAUGGUCGAUUUUGAAGCUGCGAUCCCGAAGGUGCAGCCAAGUUCCAAGCGUGAGGGAUUCGCUACGAUCCCAGAUGUCUCUUGGGACGACAUUGGUGCUCUGAGUGAGGUGCGCGACGAGCUAUCGCUCGCGAUUCUACAGCCGAUUGCUCACCCGGAGAGAUUUGCAGCUUUUGGUUUGUCCAUGCCGGCUGGUGUGUUGCUGUACGGGCCACCCGGCUGUGGCAAGACAUUGCUGGCCAAGGCUAUUGCCCAUGAAAGUGGCGCUAACUUUAUCAGCAUUAAAGGACCUGAACUUCUGGACAAGUAUGUGGGCGAGUCUGAGCGGUCCGUGCGCCAGGUCUUCCAGCGAGCUCGAGCGUCCUCUCCUUGUGUUGUGUUUUUUGACGAACUCGAUGCUCUGGCUCCGCGACGAUCGGGUGGAGCUGGUGGUGAUGCUGGUGGCAAUGGCGUCAGUGAGCGUGUCGUGAACCAGUUGCUGACAGAAAUGGAUGGCUUGGACGGCCGUCGCAAUGUAUUCGUGAUUGCCGCUACGAAUCGUCCAGACAUUAUCGACUCUGCCAUGCUGCGUCCUGGUCGCCUUGACAAGCUGCUUUAUGUACCGCUGCCUCAAGCAUCUGAACGGUACCAGAUACUGAAAACGAUCGCUGCCAAAUGUGCCGUGGCACCGUCGGUUGAUUUGGAGGCAAUUGCUGGCGACCCUCGCUGCGAGGGCUUCAGCGGUGCCGAUCUGAGUGCAUUAGUUCGCGAAGCCGGACUUACAGCCUUGCGCGAGACAGAUUUCUCAAAACUGGAGAUAGAUGCUACAGUUGUUUUGGGAAUUGAGCAUCACCAUUUCCUCAGUUCGUUUGAUCGCGUAUUACCAUCGGUUUCACGUGCUGACCAACGGAUGUUUGAUCGGAUGAAGAAGAACCUCCGUGCAAUAGCUGACGUUAACAUGGCUGAAGGCAAGCACUAG